UCUUCUGACUAUUUUCUUUGUCUUUUGAAUAUGCCUUUCUUGUUUACAUUACUAAUUUGCCUAUACUGUGCUUCUUUUCUUAUCUCUUUAUUCUGAUUGGCCGGUGAGUUCGGCAUGACGCGACAGCAGGCAAAUACAAUCAAAUGAAGUAUUAUUAAAAUAAGUGAAAAGGGAAGAGGGAGAACUGGACAAAAAAGGAGAUAUUUUACUUUGUGCGUCAGGGCGGAUGCCAAACCUGUCACCGACUGGACUGUACACAUCAACAUUUGCACCCGUCGGUCUGAGGAGAAACAUCCACUGAAAAUUGAUAUUGUUUUUUCUUAUUUUUAGUUUGCUACACACUGUUGAAUCAUGCAGCAAACAUUUCGAGCUGUCACAAACACCGCAGGUGUCAUUAUUUGGAGAAUUGAGAAAAUGAAUCUGGUUUUGGUUCCGGAAAAUGCUCACGGACAGUUUUUUGAAAGUGACUGCUAUUUACUGCUGUCAACACGCAAAACUGGCAAAUCUGUGUACUAUGAUAUCCAUUAUUGGAUAGGAUCCACAUCUUCAACGGAUGAACAAGGAGCUGCUGCUAUCUAUGCCAUGCAGCUGGAUGAUUUUCUUGGUACAUCACCUGUGCAGUACCGUGAGGUGCAGCACUACGAGUCCAGCAUCUUCUGUGGAUACUUCAAACAGGGCAUCAUUUAUAAGUCAGGAGGUGUGUCCACCGGAAUGAAUCACGUAGAGACAAACACUUACAACAUUCAAAGACUGCUUCAUGUGAAAGGAAGGAGGAAGGUCACUGGCACAGAGGUGGAAGUGAGUUGGAAAAGCUUUGAUACUGGAAGUGUUUUCCUUUUGGAUCUCGGCAAGACCAUUAUUCAGUGGAAUGGACCUGAAAGCAACAAACAGGAACGUUUAAAGGGCAUGAUGCUGGCAAAGGACAUCAGGGACCGUGAACGAGGAGGUCGGGGAGAGAUUGGAGUGAUUGAGGGGGAUUCAGAAGCAAAGUCUCCUCAUUUAAUGAACAUGAUGGUUGAAAUUCUCGGCGAACGUCCCUCUGUGCUGCCCAGUGGAACGCCUGAUGAAAUAACUGACCAGCAGCAAAUGACUAAGCUCAGCCUUUACCAUGUAUCAGAUGAGAAUGGCAGUAUGAAGAUCACAGAGAUGGCCACUAAUCCACUGACACAGGACAUGCUGAAUCAUGAUGACUGUUAUAUUUUGGAUCAGGGAGGAGUAGCAAUAUUUGUGUGGAAGGGGAAAAAAGCCAACAAAAAUGAGAGACAAGCAGCAAUGACAAGAGCUCUGGAGUUUAUUAAAUUAAAGGGUUAUCCACACACUACUAAAGUAGAGUCGGUCAGUGACGGAGGAGAAUCGGCUCUCUUUAAACAACUCUUCAAGAGCUGGACUGUUAAAGAGCAGACCGUCGGUCUGGGACGGACACAUGCUGUAGGAAGAGUGGCUGAUGUGCCUCAAGAGAAAUUUGAUGCCAGUAAGAUGCAUGUGAUGCCUGAAGUUGCAGCACAAGAGCGCAUGGUGGAUGACGGCAAUGGUAAAAUACAGGUGUGGCGUAUUGAAAAUUUGGAGUUGGUUGAGGUAGAUCCUGAAAUGCAUGGCUAUUUCUAUGGAGGUGACUGCUAUCUAAUUCUAUACAGCUAUGAAGUGAAUGGCAGACUCAACUACAUUCUUUACAUGUGGAAGGGCCGUCAUGCAACUCAGGAUGAAAUAACUGCUUGUGCGUAUCAGUCUGUUACUCUGGAUCAGCAGUAUGGUGGUCAGCCUGUUCAAGUCAGAGUCACCAUGGGAAAAGAGCCACGUCACUUCAUGACCAUUUUCAAAGGCAAAAUGGUUAUCUUUGAGGGUGGCACUUCCAGAAAGGCAGCGUCAGAGCCAGAGCCUCCGGUUCGUCUUUUCCAGAUCUGUGGUUCUGACUCAACCAAUUCAAAAGCCAUUGAAGUACCAGCUCUGAGCGCCUCGCUCAACUCCAAUGAUGUCUUCCUUUUAAAAAGCCAGACUGGAGUUUUCCUGUGGUAUGGCAAAGGCUGCAGUGGGGAUGAAAGGGCUAUGGCCAAAGAGGUGAGCGCUUUCCUUGGUCGAGGUUUAACCGAGGAAGUUAUGGCUGAAGGACAGGAGCCAUUUGAAUUCUGGGAACUCUUAGGUGGAAAGACACCAUAUGCAAGUGACAGAAGAUUACAGCAGUCUACUACAGAUCAUCAACCACGUCUUUUUGAAUGCUCCAAUAAGACGGGUCAGUUUACUGCCUCUGAGGUAACCCAGUUUACACAGGAUGAUCUGAGAGAAGAUGACGUAAUGCUUUUGGACACAUGGGAUCAGAUAUUCCUGUGGAUAGGAAAUGAAGCAAAUGAAGUGGAGCGUCGGGAAUCUGUGACGAUUUGCCAGGAAUACCUGCGGACUCAUCCUGGAAUGCGAGACCCAGACACACCUGUAAUGCUUGUGAAGCAAGGCUUUGAACCCCCGACUUUUACCGGCUGGUUCAUGGCCUGGGACCCAUCAAAAUGGAGUGAUGGCAAAACCUACGAGCAACUGAAGGAGGAGUUAGGAGAGAUCACAGUACCAACUAAAGUUGAAUCUCAGGAAUCCGGUGGUGUCGAGAGUAAGGGUGCUAUAGAAUAUCCACCAGAAAUGCUGAUGAACAAACUGGCUGGGGAACUACCUGAGAAUGUGGACCCCGCCCACAAAGAGCGAUAUCUCUCUGAUCAAGAUUUCCAGGCUAUAUUUGGAAUGUCCAAAGAAGAAUUUAACAUAAUGCCUCAAUGGAAACAGGGCAAUGUAAAGAAACAAAAAGGGUUUUUUUGAGCUAAACAUGCACACACAACAUCCACUGCAUGUUACUUAAACAAUAUCAUGUGAUUGUUCAUCACUAAAAUGUGUAUUUAAAAGAUAAAGAGUAUCUAGUUAAACAUGUUAGACAUUAAAUGCUUAGAUCAGCAAAUGCAUAGGUUUUCAAAUGUUUAUUUUUAUUAUUUUUUAUUUUUUUGGGGGGGUUGUUACUAUUCUGUGACAUUUCUGCUACAUUUAUUGAAUACAAACAGAUUUAAGAUAAACCUAAUGGCUCAAUUAGCCAAUAUCUUAAUAAGAUUGAUUGUUUACUGACUGUAUGAUGAUACCAGGGAUUAAAAGGUUUGAUUGUUUUCUUCUGUAUGUGCAAUUAUAUGUAAACUUUUAUUACCAGAAAAGGUUCAAAUAGUAAGGAUAAAGGCAUUGUUACUUAAUAUUUUUGGAAAAUGUAUUAAUGGCUGUCAAGCUCAAUAAAGGACACAAAAACUAAAAUAAAAUCAAACAUGUACUACUUU